AGACGGCCUCCAGGACAGACGUGUGUCCAGGUUCCGUCCUGCAGGGGUGAAGGCAGCUCUGUUACAGCACCCCCAUAGUUCUUCAGGUUGACUGGCACUGGUGAGAAUCAAAAUGCCUAUACUUCUCCAAACCUGCUGCUAUGCAUUCACAUUGCGGCAAGGCACAAUCCUAGUUGCUGUUAUAGAGCUGCUUGUAUCGGCCAUUGGUCUGUUCCUGCUGCUCCUGGGAUCGGCCCAUGCACAGGAGAUAGCAGCCAUGUUAGAAGCAGAUAUUGCAGAGAACCGUGGUGUGAGGCCAUAUCAUCCCCACUCUGAGGAUGCUUCAGUUGAUGCCCUGCCACCAUUCUACUACAGCAACAACGAAAUCCGCCUGCACAAGGGUCAAUACUUGGCAUUAGUGAUGAUUAUGGCACUGUACAUAGCCAUUGCAAUAGUGACAGUCCAUCUCAUCAGCUGCAUGCUACUUCUAUAUGGCUCUAUCAUGCAUGUACGCCAGUGCCUCAUGCCAUGGAUGAGUGUUGUGGUACUCAAAGUGGUGGUGGUGCUGUCUUCAUUUUUCUUCUUUGUAUUACUGGGCCGUGGGACAGCUGCCAUCUUACUUGUCACCGUGCUAUUCGUUCUCUUGCGGCUAUGCUUACUGCUAGUGGUGUUCAGCUAUUACCGACAACUAUUUGGAGAUCAAGUUUCAAGCUGUUCAUCACUAGUACAGCAAGACGCGAAUAGCAUCAAGGCUGGCUACCUUCAGUUUCCACCUACAGGAAAACCAUCUGAUGUCUAGUCUCUGCACCACAGUGGUUAUGAUAACAACCACAAAUAUCACAUAAAGUACUACCACCAAUAACCACCAUCACCAUACAUGUCCAUAAUGUUUAAUUCCUUGCUUAUAUCCCCUUAUAUUGAUUGUCUGAAACAUUUCUGAGGGUGCAUCAUUACUGAAUAGUAACCAGAUUGUCACAUCUAGCUACAAAGUUACAAAAUUUUAUUUUCAAUAUCUGGUGGGAAUCAAAAUCACUAUACCAGAGAUCUAUUCUGUAAGGCUAUAUAUUAAAGAUAUGAGAUACCCUCAGAAAUGUUUUAGACACAAUUUAGUGGGGGGUUUAAAAUGUAUAUGCAGAGUACUAACUUCUGGGAUGUGACACUGUGUUACCCCAGGAGGUAGUAAUUCUUCACAGGCACUGUAGUGAGAACUUCAAAUCCAACACAAACUACAUGAAUCACACGAAAUAUUUACAGCAUUAAUUCUUAAAUUGACAGUGCAAAUUUAUACUGUGAAGAAGUGUAAAGAUUUACAUUGCAAAAUAAGAACCUGAAUUCUAACUUAUGCAAUUACAGAAAUUAAAUAACGAUCCUUUUCUAUGUUAGAUUUUAGUUUGGUAUAAAUUGUAAGAAAAGCUAAAAUUUGAUCAAUAGCUUAUUUAUUGCACAUCAAGGUCACAAAUAAAAUGGUUAAAAAGACACCAGGACAAUAAUUUAAAGUUAAUUAAUUCCAAAAUUAUUCUGACACCAGCAAAAAUGAAGAAACUUUGUAACAACAAUUUAAAUGACUUUUGAUGUUCUCAUAGCAGUGACUAUAAAGAUUUUGGUCUUCUGGUGUGUGACAUCAUGUAAUUUGUUAGACACAUACAUACUAAAAUUUUGCAGGAACCUGCUGCCUCCUUUUUAUUGUAGAAGUACACCCUGAGGACGGAGGAAGCACGUUCCUGCAAAAAUUCUGGUACCUCUUUGCCAAAUGCCACGCACCACAUCCCAUAAGGCCAUAAUCUUAAAACUGUAGGCAUAUGCAAUCCUACAUAAUGAUACUGAAACUACUAUGAAGUCUAGAGAAAUCAACAUUAAGUUUACUUAAAGUUAUCCAAUGACCAGUUCACCAUUACAGAAUUGCACCCCUUCUGUCUUUCUUUAAGCAACAUCACCUCUGAAACCUGUUUAGACAAUAUAAAGUAAGACUAAUUGGGAAAGAUCAGUGAGUCACAUCCAUAGGGUAGCUCUUUAGUGUUUCCAGUACCCAUGAAUCUGACACAUAACACGUUCCUGAGCCUAUUUUGUACAGGCCAAGAAGGCAAAACUCAGUAUUUCUGAAUAGAUAAAUUAACUUCAAGAGCACUGCAAGACAAAUCUGGUCAACUAAUGAGUUGCAACUGUUAUGCUAAGAAAACUAUCCUGAAAAUUCAAGUCACGCAGUGUCUGUCAGUGGCAGCUUUUACUUUUGGGAUAGUGGGGAUCAUUCCACUAACCAUCACUUGACAUAAUCUGUAUAUUUAAUUCUUUAAUAAGACAGUAUUUAUUGCAGCUGGCAUAAGCCACUUUUUCUUUCCUGCAUUUGUAACAUCCAAUGAACAUCUUUAACCAAGCUGGUUUCUUGUUUCUUCUGAACCAACUGAAGGAUGGAAAUUAAAUACAAGACAUUUGUGAAAGGAUCACCCUCUUUGAUUCUCAAAAUCAGUGAUAUUAAAUUUGCUUUUGCAGCAAUCUAAAGAACAAGCUCAAAACAUAAUAAAAUUCUAGACAGAGAUGAUCUGGUCUGACAAACUGUCUCCCAGCCUAAACUGUAACUACUACAGGCAAAAUUGUGAACUAUGUUUUAUAUUCGAGGGUUGAAUCCCUUAGCUACUUCUUCAGCUAAGAGCAUGGGCACCUAAAACAAUACGCAAUUAUUUCACUCUUUCCAAUCUGUUUUAUUUAAUAGAAUUAAGAAAAUAAUAAAGGAAUAAGACAUAUUAUAGGACACAAACACUUGAUAUAACAUACUUGUAACACAAAUUAUUAUUGGCAAAAAACACAAUUAUCAGGCAAUGUAUCAAAUUCUGACACUGUAAAUCACAUAUGCAAACAGAUGGGUUUACCCACAAGCCUUCUUAUAUUAAGCUAUGUGAGGGCACAUGUCUGUUAUUUGUUUAGUGGAAAUGCGUUCAUAUAAUGGCGAAAUAUUUUGAGUUCCGUAUGCUAAAAUGCUACAGCCCCUUUCUGUAUAAUGAAUGAAAUGCAUGCUUUGUUAGAGGAGAAAUUUAAUUCAUUCAGGUUUGAACAAAAAUCAAAAUUACGCCAUUCAGGACCAUGUCAUUCUUAAGAUUUUGUUGCUGUGAACAGUGGGAGUGAGAAACAUGACGAAAAAGACAAAGAUGAUACUGCCUCAUAAAAGAUGAAAACGAAAUCAACAUCCAAAUUCACUGUUCAACUUAGGUUGAUCCAGGAUAUCUGAAUGGUGGG